AAUAUGCAAAGCAGCCAGCGGGCGGAGUCUCGCCCUAGUACAGGCGACUGCAUGCCAUUAUUGCGGAGAGUUAUUUCCGCAGCCUCCCUACCAAGUCGUAGUUGACCUCAACGAGCAUGCUGAGAUGAAAUGAAACAUCACGCGCUGCGCUGCUCGUCGGAGAUCAAUCACCACAAGUCCAUAGCCAUGCCGUCCGUCACGAUCCCGUCGCCGCCGCCGUAUCUCCUCCUCCUCAUCGUCAUCACCGCAGGCCUCGCCGUCGUCUCGGAAGUCGCCGCGUUUCUGGACUGCGGCGACGCGCCGCCCUCGCCUCCUCCCUCCUCCUCCUCCCCUUCACCCCCACCACCAUCGGCGCCCGCCAACGGCGGCGGCAGCAACGCGUCGUUCCGCGCGAACCUCCUCACGCUCCUGGGCGCGCUCCCGCGCGCCGCGGCGCCCACGGGGUUCGCGUCCCUCUCCCUCGGCGCCGGCCGCGACCGCGCCUUCGUCCGGGGCCUCUGCCGCGGGGACUUCGCGCCUCCCCGGUGCCUCGCCGACCUGCAGGAGGCCGUCGCCGACCUCGGCGCGGGCUGCCCCGGCAGCCGCCGCGCCUCCAUCUGGCUCGACGUCUUCGUCGCCUACGCGGACACCAACGCGUCGACUCCCCGCGAGGAAGACUACCGCAUGGUCCUUUACGACACGCGCAUGGUCGCCGACCCGGCCGGCUACUUGCGGGCGUACGGCCCGCUGAUGGCCCGCCUUGUGGCGCGCGCGGCGGGCGGCGGGCCAGCAGGGAGGCCGCCGCCGUUCUUCGCCACCGGCGAGGUGGAGUACGCCAGGGACGAUCCCAACGGGACCAUGUACGGGAUGGUGCUGUGCAUGAGGGACGUCACGGCGGCGGACUGCGGCCGGUGCCUGCAGGCCUCGGUGCCGCGGCUGCCGUGCUGCUCGGGGAACCAGGGAGGCGUCGUGCUGGCCUACAGCUGCUUCCUGAGGAUCCAGGUGUACACCUACUACGACCUGGCGCUCGACGCGCCGCCUCCAGCCUCUGAACCGCCGCCCCCGCCGUCCCCGCCCGCCGGGGAGACACGCGGAACGAAGACACCAAGGGCGCGUUUGGUUCCCAUCGUCGCAGUCGUCGUUCCACUCUUGACGCUGCUCGUCCUGGCGUCCGUGCUGACAGCUGGUGUUUACCUGCGAAGGCGAAGAGGUCUCAAAGAGCACUCCACGGCGAGGAGGAGGGCCAAGGACGAGGAUUGCAGCACGAGCUACGUUCACCCGGAGAAGUUCACGCUGCGGGUGCUGAGGGCGGCGACCGGCAACUUCGCUGCGGAAAACAAGCUGGGGGAGGGAGGUUUCGGACAAGUUUUCAAGGGCAGGCUUCAGGAUGGGCAGGCCGUCGCGGUGAAAAGGCUCUCCCAGGGCUCAUCCCAGGGCUUCCACGAGCUGAAAAACGAGCUGACCCUCGCCUCCAAGCUGACGCACAGGAACCUCGUGCAGCUUCUCGGGGUCUGCCUGGAGGAGACGGAGAAGCUCAUCGUGUACGAGUACCUGCCGAACCGGAGCCUGGACAACGCCCUUUUCGCCGACGCAGCGAGAUGGCAGCCGCAUCAAGCGCUGGACUGGAGCAGGAGAUACGCGAUCAUCCGCGGGAUCGCGCGCGGCCUGCUGUACCUCCACGAGGAGUCCCGGCUGCGCAUCAUCCACCGCGACCUCAAGCCCAGCAACGUCCUCCUGGACUCGGACCUGAGCCCCAAGAUCUCGGAUUUCGGCCUGGCCAGGGCGUUCUGGGGAGACGAGACCAGGGAGGUGACGAAGCGACCGGCUGGGACCCUUGGGUACAUGUCGCCGGAGUACGCGUACUACGGGCACGUCUCCACCAAAUCGGACAUGUUCGGCUUCGGGGUGAUCGUCCUCGAGAUCGUCACCGGUCGAAGGAACACCAGCGUAUACGCUGAAGAAGAUGGCAGCAGCAGCAAUCUGCUGAGCUACGUGUGGGAGAAGUGGAGGCGCGGGUCGGCGGCGGACGUCGUGGACGCGUCGCUGGGCGGCCGGUACGCCCGGGCCGAGGCGCUCGCCUGCGCGCAGGUCGGGCUCCUGUGCGUGCAGAAGGACCCCGGCUCCAGGCCCGACGCGUCGGCCGUCCUCCUCAUGCUGGACGGCCAGUCGGCGAUCCAGCAGAGGCCCUCCCGCCCGGCGUUCAGCGACGGGUCCGCGAGCGCCGCCGCCUCGUGGCGCGCCGCCGCCCACGGAGGUGGAGCGCGCCGUUACGGGCGUCGUCCCGCGGCCGAUCCUCCUGUCUCGGAGAACGGCAUCACGGUUACGGAUCUCCAGCCGAGGUAGCAGACUGAGACUGGACUGCACAGUACAGUUCAUGGCUACUGCCUACUGCUGCUGUUAAUAAAAUUGAGCCUCUGAUCGAACUAUUUUCACAUUUCUUUGGUGUUAUUCUAUCUAUCCGUGCACUGAGACUGACUUUACGGAUCGACUGAGGGGAAAAAAUCUGAUUUAU